AUCCGGGCAUUUUUUAGACCACGCGCAUGCGCUCUGAAAAAAGUUCGAUACUUAGCCAUUUUUCUGCGAUCCUCAUCCGCCAUAACGUGGAAAUUGGUUAGACAAAGAAUCACCAAAAUGAGUUCGAAAGUGGACAAAAUAAAGUCUGACAACCAUUCUAGCAGCAGCCCAGCCAAGAAACCAUUAUCAAAUAGUCAUAACACUUCCAGCUCGAAGCAUAAAGACCCUAAUGCCAAGCCCAGUUCCAAGUCGAAAGAAGGGGCCGUCAAGGUCAUAUUGCUCAGUGAUGGCACCAAGAUUAAAACAAUGCCAGACGGGAGCAAGAUCAAGGUUAUGCCUGAUGGCCGCAAGUUUAAGAUGAAGCCUCCGACCUCAUCCUCAGCCCCAAAGCAGAAUAAUAGUUCACAUUCCAGCCGGCCGAAUUCUGGAUCCCCACCACCCAAACCGACAUCAAAUUCAUCCAGACCAGAUAAACCACCGCAGAAGCCAUCGCACAAUGAUAGCAUUAGCAAGUCAAAAGAAGACGGAAGGCCUAAAGAGGCACCCAAGCCGAGUAGCUCCAGUAUGCGCCCAAAAGAGAAAUUGGCCUCAUCCAAAGACAUCAACUCAAAGCAUAAAGAGUUUUCUUCUUCAAAGCACAAUUCCAAACAUUCUUCUUCAUCCAAGCCAAAGGUCGAGAUCAAGAGGGAGAAGCCUGAGAUAAAAGAAGAAGUUGCCAGUCCACCUAGAAUUAAAGAAGAAAUUAAGAGUCCUGAGAAACACAUCAAGAAGGAAACAAGCCCUGUGAAGUCUGUGAAAAAAGAAUCUUUGAGUGAAGAAGAUGGGGAUGAAGAUGAAGAUGUACCUUUGAACCAACGAUUUGAUGAUAGCAUCAAAUCAGAACGCUCAGAGUCUAGGAGAGCAAGUAAGAGACCACAUUAUGCUGAAGACGAUGAGGAUGAAGAUGAGGAGGAUGAUGAUGUCCCCCUGUCGGAAAGGAAAGGGUCUGCAAAGAAGGUAAAGCAUGAAGAGCCUGUCAAGAAAAGUUCCAGCAAGAAAAGGAAGUACGAAGAGAGUGAGGAGGAGUAUAGUGCAGGGGAAGAGGAUGAAGAUGAUUACAAACCUUUGGCCAAGCAAAAGAAACAAGAAAAAUCCAAAUCCAAGACGAAAAUGAAAGACACCAAGUCAGCCAAAAAGGAUAAAAAAAGUAAAAAGGGAAAGGGAGUUAAAGAAGAAGUGAAGGAGAAGAAAGGAGGAAGGAAAAAGAAAGAGGAAGAGCAACAAGAGGUUUGGGAAUGGUGGAAGGAGACCCCACAUCCAGAAGGAGUCAAAUGGAUGUUUCUGGAGCACAAAGGACCUCUGUUUGCACCACCCUAUGAACCUCUGCCUAACUCUGUCAAAUUCUUCUAUGAUGGAAAGGAGAUGAAGCUUAGUGAAGAGGCAGAGGAAGUGGCUGGAUUCUAUGCCCGUAUGAUUGAACAUGAUUACACUACCAAAGAUGUCUUCAAUAAAAACUUCUUUAAGGACUGGAAAAAGGUGAUGGAUGCCGAAGAGGUGGCUAUUAUCAAGGAUCUGAAAAAGUGCAACUUCAAACAAAUACAUGCCUAUUAUCAGAGGAAAUCAGAAGAAAGGAAAGCAAUGAGCAAAGAAGAGAAACAAGAUAUCAAGAAAAAGAAUGAGGAGAUCCAAAAGGAGUAUGGCUUCUGCUCUUUCGACGGUCACAAAGAGAAGAUUGGCAACUUCAGGGUGGAGCCUCCCAGUUUGUUCCGAGGUCGUGGUGAACACCCGAAGCAGGGCAAGCUGAAGAAGAGGAUAGUGCCAGAAGAUGUCAUCAUCAACUGUAGCAAGGAUUCUCAAUGGCCAGUUCCCCCAGAGGGUCAUAAAUGGAAGAAAGUUAUGCAUGAUAACUCGGUGACUUGGUUAGCUUCAUGGACUGAAAACAUUCAAGGAGCUAUCAAGUAUGUUAUGUUGAAUCCUAGCUCUAGAAUAAAGGGAGAGAAGGAUUGGGCAAAGUAUGAAUUAGCAAGGAAGCUGAAGGAAUCUGUGGACAGGAUCAGAAAUGAGUACCGUGAAGACUGGAAGAGUAAAGAAAUGAGGGUCAGACAACGUGCUGUUGCCUUGUAUUUCAUAGACAAGCUUGCAUUGAGAGCUGGUAAUGAGAAGGAAGAAGGUGAGACAGCAGAUACUGUUGGUUGUUGCUCCCUUAGGGUAGAGCACAUUGAACUGUUUGAGGAGCUAGACGGCCAGGAGUUUGUGGUUAAGUUUGAUUUCUUGGGUAAAGAUUCCAUCAGGUACGAGAACUCUGUACCCGUAGAGAAGAGGGUCUUCAAGAAUUUGAAGCUGUUCAUGGAGAACAAGAAGGGAGAGGACAACCUAUUCGAUCGACUCAACACUGCUAUCCUCAACAAGUACCUUCAGGAGCUGAUGGAGGGCCUUACUGCCAAGGUUUUCAGGACCUUCAAUGCUUCCUUCACCCUGCAGAAUCAACUUCAUGAGCUUACAGAUGCUGAUGACACGGUCACUGCUAAAAUGCUGUCUUACAAUCGAGCCAACCGUGCCGUGGCAGUGUUGUGUAACCAUCAGCGUGCUGCACCCAAAACCUUUGACAAGCAGAUGGAGAACCUCCAGGAAAAGAUCACCAAAAAGCAACAGGACAUCAAGGAAGCUCGCAAGGGGCUGAAAGCGAUCAAGAGCGAGUAUAAGAAUAGCCGUAAUGAGAGAUUGAAAUUGGCCUUGGAGAAAAAACAGAAGCAAGUGGAGCGUCUGGAGGAUCAGCUAGCUAAGCUAGAGAUGAAAGCUACAGACAAGGAGGAGAACAAGGAAAUUGCCUUGGGAACCUCCAAACUCAACUACUUAGAUCCAAGGAUAUCAGUGGCAUGGACCAAGAAAUGGGAUGUGCCUGUUGAGAAAGUGUACAACAGAACUCAACGAGACAAAUUCCGAUGGGCCAUCGACAUGGCUGGAGCAGACUUUGUAUUUUAAUCCUAGUUUUUAACUUUUAUUUCUCUUUGUAUAUUUAAUCUUGAGGAUCUAGUACUGACAGUAUUCACAAAGCUUCAACUGCCACCACAUAGUUGAAGUUUGAUUGUUGUAUUGUUUUGCUCUGUUCAAAAUCUUAUCCUGGACUGCUUAGCUCAUUAGCUGUUUCAGUAAGUAUAUAUAUAUGGUCAUGAAAUAAUAUAUUAGCAAUUAACUCGUAUCAUUUCACAUGCACAUGAUGCACUAUUAAAUCCUACAGAAAAUAACCUGUGAAAUUAAGGUAAAUGUUUCACAUUGGACUUGUCAAGUAAGGGCUUUCGAAGGUAUGUUUUAUUGUCACAUGUUUGUGGUUAGGCAAGUGAUUCACAAUCAUUUAGCAGUGCUUGGUGAAUACUGUCAGUACCAUAUUGUGUAAGUUGAUCAUGAUGUUUUUUAGCAGAGUCAUUUUCAAGGGAUUUUUUUUUGUGGUUGAUUUCACUGUGAUGAUAUGUUAAUGUGACAAUGAGCAAAUAAUGUUGACCUGAUUGGAGCUAUAACUCUUUCUUCGGUCUAAUGAUUUUUAUGACAGCAGAGUCGGCAAGUAUCCUAUGUCAGUAUUUUUGUGGUGAGAGAUCAAGGGAAUAUUAUGAACUCUGGAGCCCUUUGCAGAAAGAUUUUGCAAUUGAACGCAACCAAGAAAAUCAAAUGCAACUCGACUUUUAACCAAUGAAAUGUGUGAAUUAAGGAGGAGUAUUUGAUUUUUUUUUAGUUUUGAUUACACGCGACUCCUGCAAUGGGCCCCUAGUAUGGACAGCUGGUAGUGUAAUAAUCUAGUAGAUGACUAGUCCAGAGUCCAUGUCUUAAACACAGGAACAUGAUGAUAAAUCAUAUGCUUAAGCAUAUGCCAUCAUUAGGAGCACCACAGGUUAGGGUGUGAUAUUGACAAAUCAUGUUAUUUUUGGCUUUCCAUAAGUUAGACGUGGGUUUGAAUCUGUCACAUUCUAUAACAACAAGAUAGGGCCUUGCCUAUGAAUUCCUUUCUCAACCAUGAAUACCUGCAACCAUGAUUGAUCCUGUGUGAAACUUGAUAGGUAAAGAACUUUGGUGGGUGUUGCAUGAAAAUAUUUACAAUCAAUUGGGUUUUUUUGUUGUUGAAAUUGUACAAUGGAUAGAUCAAUUUGAACUGUAGCAAAUCAGGUCACACUCCUUGGUUAAUAAGACAAAGCUCAGCAAUCGAUUGCAAAUUUGUAAUCGAUUCCAAGGCAUACUAUUGAUUUGGGGAUCCUAAAUAGGUUUGUAUUUGAUCAUGAGUUUCUUGCAAUGCCCCAUUAGUUUAUCAUCUCUCAAGCUCUGUAUGAAAGACAGUGAAUAUUGGUAGGCCCACAGCUUUAGAGGGGGCAUGUAAGAACACCUCCAGAUAUCAAGCCCGUACAUCUGGGAUUGCUCUUGGUGUAGGGCUUCUAAUCACUCCUAUAAUCAUUAACCUGCAGACAAAUGAAAUUUCUUAUUUUUUCAAUAGGCUUGAUACAGACACAUCAAGGCUCUUGUAUUGAUAGGGUUGAUUCAGUAUUAGUCAUGCAUUAAGUAGAGAUUUUACAUUAGACUUUAAAGUCCUUUCUGCAUGCAUCACCAUCAGAGAGAUAGUCAUCUAAGAAAAUCACUAUACUCCAUAAGUGUUUUGAUCUAUUCAAUCAUGCUCCUGAAAUAGAGUUACUGAAUUGACUGGAAUAUUGGACCAUGAACUCCCAUUUCAUUGAACAUUUAUGCGGAAUCUGAUUUACUAUUUAUUUGUGUGUGAGGAGAAAAGGGUAGCAUUCCACUGUAGUAUUGAGAUAGAUGUGCAGAGAAAUAAAUUCUGCUCAUUGUGUUUGAUUAGGGAAGAGAGUUAGGUGAAAGUUCUUUUGGUGGACAUCUCUGUUCAUUUUCUUUGACAAAACACAGCAUUGAUAUGGCCAGUAGGAAUCACUUGAAGAUUAACCGACCUUUUCACAAUCCAACAAACUCAAUGUAUUUUUAAUGUGGAAAGCUUUGCAUAUUUAACUCUCUACAGCCUUUUAUAUAUAUGACCUUGACUUGAGGAAUGAAAUGUGAGAAACCAAGAUCUGAAUAUUGAUUUAACUAGACCAGUUUACUAUGAAUUUCAUUGAUUAAAACAUGGAAGGCUUUGCUAAUUGCAUAAGACCUGGUGGAGAAUUCUUUUCUGCAAUUCAUGCACAAGUCAUGCCUCUUCAAAAAGUCUUUCAAAUUUAAUGAAUUCCCGCACUACAUUUUUCAAAAGCUUUAAUCAAGAAAUAUCAACAAUUUUUCAGAUUUUUGCCCCCCCCCCCAUGGUGAAUGUACGACUGGGUGUAAUAGAAAUAUUUAUCCCCAAAAGUACAAAGCAACAAGAUAAUACAGAAAUGGUAAUAUUAAUGUUUGCCCACACAAAUGGGCUAUUUCCUCAAAAUACUACAGUGCUGUAAUUUGUAUGUAGUAAAGUAAAUUGUUGGGCUGCCUGAUAUGACAGUGAUAUUAUUGUGCCAUUUGAAUUUAAAUGAAUAGAUGAUAAUCAUUGGGUCCUCGUUAUGUCACCUCUCAAUAUUUCAAAAAAAAAUUAUUUUAAUGUUUCCUGACAAGAAACCUACCUUAAACUAUUCAAAAUAAUCCAAAGGUUAAGAAGCCUUAACAUUUUGAAUCCCACCUAUUGCACCUGUUUUAUAUGUUGGCCUCAGCUGAAUAAACAUUGACAAUCGUUCAUCAGGAUGAUAUAUAUAUCUAAGUAGUAUGAUAUUACAGCUUUUAUCAUGUUUGCAAUAUCAUGCAGCCUUAGAAAGUAACAAGUCAACUCUGGUAUGAAGGAAUCAGUUAAAAAAUGAAGAUUAUAUUAUGUAAACUGUAGCAUCAUUGAAACUGAAUUGUCGUGCCGGAGAAGAGUAUUCAUUGAAAAAUAUCCUGCCUUAUCAAAAGAGAUUUUUAUGAUUUCAUAUUUUAAUGAUUUUGUAAUAUUUAUUUAUGUGUUUACAAUCAGUGUGGCUUUAAGUUUACAAGAAGUUCAUGCUAGAGAAGGAAUCGUGAAUCGUUAUGACUUCAUUUUAUUUAGUGAUAUUACUUUUGUGCUUUAUGUUGCUGAAGAAUAUUUUUAUGUUGCCUAGUCUUAACCUUUUUUUAAAGUAUAAUUCUUUUAUUUUAUGAAAAAUUAUUUCACUAAUGGUUUAAUUCAUGCUCAUUUAUUCAAAGCUUUUUGUUUGAAUAUAUAUUAUUUUCAAUUAAUUUGGAUUUGUAUUGCUCUACGUAGUAGUAAGCCAUGGGCAUUUUUAUAUCUUAUUUGUGUUUUAGUGUGUCAGCGUCCAUUAGGUUGUUAGUGUACGAGUCGAAGACCAAAGUUUCAGGGAAUCCUCCUCGAUGCGUAAAUUGGGUGAUUUCAAGUUCGGUGUUGGUGUUAGAAGCACAAUUCAGAUUUCAUAUCUAGCUUUGACCGACAUCUGCUGUGAGUUAACCCAAAUUAUGUUAUUAAUAGGUCACACCAUAGUGAGAUAACUCCCAGGACCAACUUGAUUUUAAUUUUGUCACUAUUGGGGGUAUGGCUAAAAUGCGUCUUGACCCUUUUUGGUCAGGAUUUACAAAUAGACAACAACAACACCAAAGGUUACCACCAAAUUUGACAUCACCCAUUCUGUCUCCAGUCUGAUUUUACCCAUUAUAUCGAUGAGAACAGAAUAAUGAAAGAAAACCGCCAUGAUGUAUCAAAAAAGAAAUUUGACAAGUGUGAGGUAAACUGAAAUGUAGGGCGAUCUUAAAAUAAGUAUGAGAAAUGUGGCAGCCAAUGAUGUAAUUCUCUCUUGUUUUUAUCCCUAGAGUGUAAGAAUAACAUGCCGACUGCCAUUAUUCAAUAAUAUUGUUAAGAAUGAUAUUUUUAUACAGAAAAGUGGUCAUUUGAUUGUAGUCGGACAGCAUGAAAAUUCUGUCUUGUUUCAAUGCCCCUUGUGCUUGGUUUUUUUUCUUAAAACAUGCACAUGAGGGAUGUAGAAUCAGUAUUUUGAUGUUGUAGUUCAUAUUAGUAUGCACUCUUCAUAGUAGUAUUGAAUGUGUAGGUCUCAAUUAUAGUGCUUUGUGAAUUGUAUGUCAGAAGCUUCAUCACCACAUGAUCCAUUAUCAAAAGGAUGAAAUACCCCUUACAUGACUGAAUGCAAUGUAUUUGACAUCAGGGUUGUGAGUGAGUGAGAUUUCAUUUUAUAUGGUCAGUUACUGUAAAGUUUCUUAUAUUAUUACUGAAUUUGUACUUAUUACCUCACUGCAAAAUGUAGGGUAAUGUUAUAAGAGACCAUGUAUUGUGUACUGUAUUAUUUAAAGAUGAAUUUUCAUUCUAGUCACACAAAAGAAACAUAUUUUAACUCCAGAUUUUGGUUUGCUUUUUUAAUAGUAAAAAAUGCUGUAAUUGGCUGUCUUUCUUUUGUAAAAAAUCCUUAGAUUCCCCCUUCCAAUCUUAUAUUAUACAUGUAUAUCCAAGUGAUUUAUGGCCUUACGAAUAUUAAUCAAAGCUAAGACAAGUGCAGAUUUGAAAUUGCCUGUAGAAAGGGUAGAAUAGAUACACUUCCCUCUUCAGUAUCUCUCUCUUUUUAUACUACACCUUUAAACAUACAUUGAUAAUUAUUUACAAAAUACCUGCAGCAUCAAAUACUUUUAAUAGAUUGUAGGUAUAUUUCAAUGCACUUUUGCAGUGAGGUGACGACUGUUUAGUUUAGUUUUAUAUCAAAUGUGGCAGAGAUGUGAUGUAGCCCCUUGCCAAAACAUUGUAAAAUAAAGAAAACUAAUAUACUUCAUGUAAGGUAUGUAUUGACAUUCGCAUGUGUCUUCAAUUUUUCUAAGAAAAACAAUGUGGAGAUAUCGUCUUUGUUUCAAUAAUAUCUUUACCCCUUAUGGUAGUAAUAAUGUAGUCAUUCAACGCCUUUUUUUGAUUUUUUUUUUUCCCAUUGAAUUUUCUUAUCAAUUUGAGUAAUAAAAUCUUGUGGAAUAUCUGUAUUGAUAAUGGAAUGUGAUUGAUCAGAAGAGGUUUUGGAUGUACUUUGUGAUGGAUAUUUUAUGCAAUGUUGAUUCUAUUUUUAUGUACAUUAACUAUGUGUCCAGUUCUUCAGAGGGAUUGUCAUUGUUUUAUUUUUCUCCCUUUGGAUUGAUUAUUAUGAUAAAGACCGCUCAGGCAGUGCUCUCCUUAAAA